AUGUUUAACAAUUUUUCAAAUAUGUACAUGUGUACAUUAGCAGAAAAAUUAUGUAAGUUCAAAAAAAAUAAAUUUAACAACAUUCAUAGGAAUAGUAAUCUUUAUAGGUAUAAUAAUCUGUAUAAUAUUACAUUGUGGAAAUUGCAUUUUAUACAAACAAUAAGUAAUAACAAUUUUAAUUCCGAAAUUAUAAAAAAGUAUGGAGAUGUAAUAAAUAAAAUAAAGUUUAUCCAUACAGAGAAAAGAAAUAAACAGGAAAGGUUCAUGUUUAAUAAUAAGAAAUAUAUUAAAAGAAAAGAAUAUAUAUUAAAUGAUUUAAACGAAUUUAUAUCUAUUAUUCCAAAUCCUGAAAUUAAUAAUGAAAUAUCUAAUAACUCAAAUCAAAAAAAAAAUGAAGACAACAAACAAAAUAUAUUAUCAACGAACCAACAAAUUAUAACGAAAUAUAAUUUAAACCAUAAAGAAAAUGUAACAUCAAAUCUUAAUUUUAAUAACAAAGAAGAAGAUGAAAAAAAACUAGAUAAAUUAUUAAAAAAAAGAAAUGUCAAAAAAAGGGAUAUAGUAACUAUAACGGAAGAAGCUAGAGAGGAAUUAAAAAAAAUUAUUUCCAUAAAUAAAAUGAAAAACAACAACAAUUAUAAUGACAUGAACAACACAAUUUGUAACGACAAUCAUAAUGACAUGAACAACACAAUUUGUAACGACAAUCAUAAUGACAUGAACAACACAAUUUGUAACGACAAUCAUAAUGACAUGAACAACACAAUUUAUAACGACAAAAAUAUUUUGAAACUCUUCUUUAUUACAAAAGGAUGUAAUGGAUUAACGCAUUCAUUCAAUUUUAUCUCCAAAAAAGAUAUACAUAAAGAAGAUGAAAUUAUUUAUGACGAUCAAAAUAAUAUUCUACUAGUAAUUGACAAAAAUUGUAUCUUAUAUGUUAUCAACACAACUUUAGAUUAUUAUAAAGAUGAUUUGACAGAAAAAUUUAUUUUUAAAAAUCCAAAUAUUACAUCUAUAUGUCCAUGUGGUACCAGCUUUCAUUUUUCAAAAAAAAAAAUAAUAAAAUAA